UGUGUGUGUGUGUGUGUGUUAGAGAGUGAGAGAGAGAGUCAGAGGGAGAACCACUAGGUCUACUUCUUUAAAACUGUUUGUCUUAUUGAUCAGGCAGCUUGAUGCUUUUUAUAUCUUAUAAAUUUACAAAUUUGAUCUCUAGAGUAGAAAACAAACACAGGACAAAAAAGCAGAGUUCGUCUUCAGAAAGUGAGCAGCAUGGGUGUCCGGGCCACGCUCGCUGUCCUCCUUCUGUUCAUAGCUACUGUCGAGGCUGGUGAAGGAGGAGUAGAAUUCUGGAAGCUAGAUUUCACGAUGAUCUGUCCAGAAAAAGGGAAUUGGUCCAAGAAAACAGAAGCUACAGAACAUACACUAAAGGAAAAGUAUAAACUCCAGUAUGAUGGCAAAACCAAAGGCUCAUACUACUGUGAAUGGAAGGAUACCAAUAAUCAUCCCGUAAAAUAUUAUUUCUACGUGAAAGGAAAGGUGUGUAAAGAUUGUUUUGAGCUGGACGCUUCUCUGUUUGGGUUGGUCAUUGCUGUGGACGUGCUGGCGACAGCAAUUGUGAUGAUGGUUAUCUUCAAGUGCACCAAGAAGAAAAGCUCAGCUGGACUCUCACAGGCCUCCAAAGCACCUGCUCGUUCAGGAGGCCGGGCUCAAGCUGCCCAAUCUCCUACCUAUGAGCCGCUGAGUCCUCACACUCGCGCCCAGGAUCCUUACUCCGUCGUGAACAGGAUGGGAUAGAGACAAGUCACCUGACUGCGCCUGGCGGUCACUGGUUUAACGACUGCACAGACGACAUUCACAAAAGACAUACAUGCACACCAAUCAUGCUCCCAGCAUGCAAACAUUUGGCUUUUGUUCUCUUGGAUUUGAAGGGUCACUUAACCUAACUGUAUGGCAAAAACAAAAACUUAUUUUCUCACUCACUCCCAGUAUUACGUAUAAGGUAAUGUAGCUGAGGUCUCUUUGUCCAGGUGUGCUGCAACCACCGCGGUACAUUAGACGUAGGGCUGGGUAUCUAGGUACUUUUGAACGGGAAAAUGUUAUUCAGUGAAAAUUGUCUAUAAAAGACGCCAUCUAAAGUACAUUUUAAACUAUAUUUGAUGAUUUAUUCUGGUAGAUCAUGACAUUACAUUAGUAGAAGACAAUCAGAUCUGAUCGUAUCGGUGUGGAGACAGAAAAAUCAAAACUAUCUGCAUGCUUAGCUACCAUGAGAGGUAAAUGAGAAUACAUGUUUUUUUUUUGUAAAUAUACAUAAUGUAUUAUAAUCUUCAGUUUUUUGACUGGUUCUAAUACAAUUAUAUGAUUUAGCAUUGAGGUCAUAGUGGUGGUGUUUCACUGGACUACAUUAUAUUCGGAGGUGUUUUAAUCUGCCCCCGCUCAUGAAUGAAUAAUGUGACGGACAAAAAAUUAGAAACACCUUUUACCAUGACCUCAGUAAUAAACAUAUAGUUGAAUUUACACAUUUUCAACAAUGUCACCAAAGAUGUAUUAUUAUCAGCUUCGUAAAGGUAGAAUUUAUGGCAGAGCUGCUGUAUUGCAUUACAGUAGAUUGCACAGGUGUACCUAAUAAAGUGGACGCUGAGUGUAUAUAUGUUUUUUUUAUAGUGUAUUGACCCUUUAAUAUAAAACGUUGGCAGAGAGUCUAAUUUACAAUAGUGUUAUAAAUAAAAAAUCAUAUUGUCAUUCCAAAUACCUGUUUUCUGUGCAUUUAAUGUUUAUGUCAUUAUAAGUUCUGAAUAAUGUCAUUAAAGGUCUUAUUGAUAACAUUUUUAUGUAGAUGAAUACUUAAAAAAAAAUAAUAAUAAUACAUCCACAGAGCUUUU